UUAAAAAGGGGUGAGGGAGAAAGAUGGCGGCCUCCCUCGGUUCUUUCCGUUUUUGAAGUUUAAUUUUUUAACGAUAACUCGUACACGUUCGCGUCAUGCCAGCGUGAUCGAAGUUUUAUCAGCUACGAUCUAGAAGUACCAGUAAUUUUUUUCACUUCGAAAUAUCUCAUCGAUGCGAAGCGGGACGUGUGUGAGAAAGUCGCGUGCGGUGUUUACGGCCAUAACCUAUUUCGAGCGUUCGUGUUUUUAGUUCCAACUUUCCAAACAAUGGCAAUGAACGAGGAUUUUAAUUUCGCCGAGCUCUGUAGGCUCUGUUCGUUGAAAAGCAAUCAUCACUUACAGAUAUUCGACAAAGAGGGCGAACAGCGUCAAUUACUUUUUAAAAUACGUUCAUGUAUUCCCGCCGUGAUAACAAAGGAGGAUGCACUUCCAAAGAACAUCUGUCAAAGGUGCGUGUACAAACUGGAUAUGUUCUACGAAUUUCGCGUAAGCUGUAUGACCACAGAUACGGUAUUGAAAAAUUACGCGGAUAGUUUGAAGAAUCUUGCUGCGUCUGUAACCAAUCAGAGUAACGACAAGGACAAGAUGUCGAACGGUGGUCAACAACAAAGAACGGCUUACGUAGAGGCCCAUGCUGCAGUUCAGCAACAUAUGGCACAACAAGCAGCUCAGGCGAGACUGGCUGGUCCUGGCCCACCUACUAACCCACAGGCUCCUAAUCCAACUUUCACUCUACCUGAUGAUGGUCUUGGUUAUGACGACGGUGUACGUGUGCUUCGUUCUAUCGGCACUUGGUCACCUGAUUAUUCGGCAGCAAUGAGACCAGGUGGUGUGAUGCCAGCAUUUCCAGGAUCAACCGAACAACAAUUUGCUAGUUCUAGAGCACCAUCGAUCAAUCAGCCUCUUCGAACUACCAACAAUGUUGGAAUACGUCCUGGAUCAGUCUCAAAAGCUACAAAUACCGGGGAACCGAAUACAAAGGCAUUCGCUUGUACCGUAUGUGGAAAAGGUUUGGCACGUAAGGACAAGCUUGUCAUUCAUAUGCGCAUACACACCGGAGAGAAGCCUUAUUCCUGUGAGGUUUGCGGUAAAGCGUUCGCACGUAGGGACAAGUUGGUAAUACAUAUGAACAAGUUAAGACAUAGGCCUGGAGUUACACCACUUUCAACUCCUACGGCACCGAGUACGGAUCAACAACAGCAACAACAGCAACAACAACAGCAAGCGUCGCAACAACAACAACAACAGCAGCAGCAACAACAACAGCAACAACAACAACCACCUCGUCAGGAUACGAUUCAUAAGCUGAAAGAAGAGCCUGUUAGUUGGGCAUGCGAAUUAUGUGGAAGAGCGUUGGCUACGCGAGAUGAGUGGAUGCAACAUGCACGGUCACAUUUAGAAGCAUCAGCACCGCCACAGCACGCGGCUCCGUAUUUUCCUGGCUCGGCUCCGCCGCCACAGCCGUACGCAUCGGAAAGGCAUUUUUGUCUGAUGUGUCGUACGGAUUUUACGGAUAAGGCGGAGUUCAUGUUCCACGUACGCUCACAUUUCGAGCCUCAUGCUAGCCAACAAACUCAACAGCACUCCAGUGGAAAACAAGGAAGUGAUCCAGCAACGGCUGAACUGAUUGCUCGUGGUCUGGUUGAUCCCUCGGGACUAUGCAGCUAGAACUACACCUCCUCAUGUCAUUAUUUUACCGUCGAUCCGUGUCUUACCAUAGUACAAGUUCUCCAUUGAAUCUCGACCAGGACUCGUGCAUAGAUUUUCAUGCGUAUUGUGAUUAUAAUGAUGUAUACAUACAUCCGUACAUAUAUACAUAUAUAUAUGCAUUAAAAUAUAUAUGCAUUUAUAUAUAUGUGUGUAUAUAUAUAUAUGUAUGUAUUUAUGUAUGUAUGUAUAACAAUCUUAUCGACAAUGGACAAGUUGCGGUGCCGUAUUCGGUUACAGUGAUUGGUUUUCUCUGAUUUUUUAAUUUUUAUUAUUAUUUUUUCUUUUCUAAUUUUUAUCAACGACAUAAAUGUCGUCUAAACAUUUUUCAUGAUUUUUCGAUAAUUUGAUCUCGUUUGUAUGCAGGCACCAGUGCAAAUCCAUUAACGCGGGAUGAGACUUAAGUUCUUAAGUUCUUAAAAAAAAUAAUAAUAAUAAUAAUAACAAUAAUAAUAGUAGUAAUAGUAAUAAUAAUAACAACAACAACAAUAAUAAUAAUAAUAACAAUAAUAAUAACAUUAAUAAUAAUAAUAAUAAUAAUAAUAAUAAUAAUAAUAAUAAUAUUAAUAAUAUUUAGGUACUAACGGGAUAUAUCGACACGUUGUAAGUUACGCUAUUGCAUCGGUAUUUAAAUGUAAUUUCUUAAAUAGCUCUACGUUCCUACGUAAUCAGCUUCUCGCUAUCAUCCUCAGCUAUAAUUGCAGUAUCAGCUUUGAACGACGCGUUGCAGCUCCGUUCUCUCAUUGCUGUUCUUUGCAAGUGAAAAUACUUCGGGUGUUUAGUUAAUUAUUAACUUUUUUCUCUCUUUCUUUUUCCUUUCUUUUUGUAAACUUCUCAUCCACUUUUAGACAUUAAAUAUUUUUGUGAGAAAAAAAAAAGAAAAAGAAAAAGAAAAAAGAAUGUAUCGUCGAAAGGGAUUACUCGUGAACGUACACACACCCGACGAGUGUGCGUUCGAGUAUAUUGUGAAAUACGUGAAAUGAAAAAUUUUUCGAUUCGUUUUCCCUCUCUCUCUCUCUCUCUCUUUUUUUUCUUUUCUUCUUUCUCCUUUUUCUUUUCUUUAUUUUUUAUUUUUUUUUUUUAUAAUAAUAUAUCGUUAUCGUUUAAUUAUUAAUCGUAGUUGACGUAAAUGACAAGAUAUACAUCAUUUUACACGAUCGUGUACUUAAUAAAAGAAUAUGAGAACGAUCGAUUGAUCGAUAGAUAAAAAAAUCCUAAAGCAAAGUAUAAAGAUCGUGUAGUUUAAAAGUGUAUUUUUUAUCUUUGAAUGACGUGUAACAUAUAUUGGAGCUUAUUAUAUUAAGCAUUUCCACUUACUCCCCUUCUCCUCUAUGUAAUGCCCUAAUCAAAGGACAGAGAGGUGUGUCUUAUAUUUCGCGUGGCUUUCGUAUAUAAAUAGCGUAUUCGUUGACACGCGUGCAAUAAAAUCUGUUAUAUCUUUAUCGAGGACGAAUGAAAUCUUUCACGUGGACAAUAAAAUUAAAUAGAAACAAAAGCUGGCCCGGUUUUCACUCUGGUGAACAUAUCUCUUUUUUUUCUUUUUCUUUUUUCCAAGAUUUCAUUCGAUGCGCCUGUUUCUUUUUUUUCUCUUUUGAAAUCUUUAUAUAUAAAUGGGACGCAUUUAUUUGUCAUCCUCGUCUUAUCUAAAUUAGAACGUCUUUUUCCCUUCUUUUUUAUUUUUUUAAUUUAUUUAUCUUUUUUUAAGUAAUCAUUUGAAAAGGAAAUAAAAAGAAAAAGAAAAAAAAACAAUAAGAAGAGAGAAAGAAAAAAAUAACAAUGUACGUACAUACAUGCGUACAUAUGUACGUACAUAUGGUUACAUACACACGUUUACUUACACGUAUAUAUACAGUGGGGUUUUAGUCGUAAAAAAAUAGUUAUCGGUAAUUAGGCAAUACGUAUAUAUAUAUAUUUAAAACUCAAUUCAACACGAUUCAUAUUUUAUAUAGUUAAUUUACUAGCUAAUUAAAAAUAGUUGAAUUCUUUUCUUCUUCUUCUUCUUCUUUUUCUUUUUCUUCUGUUUUUUUUUUAAUGUUGUUUUUACAAUUUUUCUUUUUUCUUUUUUUUUUCUUUCUUUAAAUAAGAUUAAUAUUUAACAAUCAAAGUUCUCUUAUCGUUGGGAUGUAUACGAUUAAAAAUUAAUUCAAACGAAACUUUGUUUGUCAUCUAUAAAUCAUUAAAUCGUAUUUUUUUUUUUUUUACUAUUAAACACAUCGAAAAUCGUUGAACUAAUCGACUUUAUUCUAUUCGUAAUAUGCAUUGAUUUAUCAUCGAUAUAACAAAAUCAAUUUUCAAUGUACUAUUAAUUGUUUUAAUUAAUUUUCAAUUGCUAAUUGCAAUUUUUUACAACAAUACGAGAACUAAGUAAUUGUUAAUCGUUAAUCCGUUUAAUGAUUAAAUAAUUAAUUCAAUUAAAUGAUACAUACACACACACACACACAUAUAUAUAUAUAUAUAUAAAACACUUGAUGUAUUUAUCGUGCCUCCUGAUACGCUAGUUUAAUUGUUUAUGUUUUAUUUUUUUUCCAUACAAUUAUUCGACGAAUAAUAAAGGAACUAUGAUGACUCGAUAAUACUUGAAAGUAGUUACGAUAUUUAAGAUAAAUUCGUGGCAUGGAUUAUUAUGUCAACGUUGAUGAGAAUCGUCGUAAAGAUUUAAGCCGAUGAAAAUUGAGAGAGAGAUUAAUUAUUUAAACAAAAAAAAAAAAGAUAUGUAUAUAUAUUAAAAAUAUAUUUCAUUGAUGCCUUGAAGUUGCAUUGAAAAAGAAAAAAGAAGAAAAAAAAAAGAACGAACGAACGAACAAAAGAAAGAAAAUUAUAAAAGAAACUACAAAAUCGAAAAAAGUGAUUGUUCUGAAUUUGAAUCGUCGGAUUACAUUAAAGUAUACACGCAUACAUAUAUAUAUGCCUAUAUACAUAUAUAUAUUUAUGAGUAUAUAUAGUGCCUUUUUAUAAAAAAAUUUUAAUAAAUUUUUAAUUCGCGUGUUUGCGGGAGGCACACACCAAGCGUCCUUUGAAAAAUUUUACGUAAGAUUUAGCUAAUUUCGAAAACAUGUUCCCUUCCUCUCUCUCACUCUCUCUCUCUCUCUCUCUCUCUCUCUCUCUCUCUCUCUCUCUGUCUCUCUCUCUUUUUUUUCUCUGUAUUUUUUUCUCCACGAUAAUAUCUUUCUCGUUUUUUCUUUUUUUUUUUUUUUUCAUUUACCUCAUCCUCUUUUCUUUUUUUUUUCUUUUUUUAAUAAUUACUUUUACCUUCUCAAUCUUUCACGGAGAAAAGCGAAUUAAUUUCUCCGUUAUUGUCUCUUUUAAAUAACAGCAAUAGUCCUAGAAUUACUUUUUUAUACCGUCGAUGUCACGCGCAGCUAAUCAGAAAUCAGGUAUAAUUAUUACUGCCAUAAUCGAUGAAACGAAAUGUAUACUAUACUCAAAUAUACCUUUAUAAAUAAAACGCGAGCAAAAAAGUAA